AUGGAGAAUUUGUAUAGCUAUGAUUAUCAAUUUCGUUUAAUUGUUGUUGGAGAUUCCACUGUUGGAAAAUCAUCUCUAUUACGAACAUUUUGCGAUGGGAUGUUUUCACCAGAUCCGGAUCCCACAGUUGGUGUGGACUUCAAUGUAAGAAUUGUCGAGAUAAAGCCAGGUGUGAAGGUUAAAUUGCAAUUAUGGGACACCGCCGGUCAAGAAAGAUUCAGAAGUAUCACGCGUGCUUAUUAUCGCAAUUCAGUUGGUGUUCUUCUCAUUUACGAUACGACCAACUAUGUUAGUUUCACUCAUGUAACUAAUUGGUUAAAUGAUGCCCGCCAACAGAUUGAACCAUACCAUUGUGUCUUUCUACUUGUUGGGACGAAAAUCGAUCGAGAAUCCGAACGACAAGUGUCAACCGAAGAGGGAAAAGCGUUUGCUGAUUUUCAUGAUAUAUCAUUCAUUGAAACAUCGUCCAAGUCCAGUUUAUAUGUUCAAGAAGCAUUCGCUAUGAUAGCUCGAGAGAUUUACGAUCUACUGAUCGAAGGACGUAUUCAUGUUCAAAAAGGAUGGGACGGUGUCAAACCUGGUCCGAAUACCAACAAUCCAAAUCAGAACCAACCAAUUGAUAUAACUCAGAACAGUGAAACAAGACGAAGUGGUUGCUGCGGUAGUAGUGCUAGUUAA